CCUGCCUCGAAAAGCUGUUGUACCCCUAGAUACACAAAUUUCUUCAGUACCUUAGGUACCUACCUAAGUUCCUGUAUAUUUAUUUCUUCCAUCAUCCGCCCAUCCUCCUUUUCCCAACUUCAUCAUACCGCCUACUUCUGAGAUCAAAUUCACUGAUACAGCUUAUUUCAAAUGAGAAUACCUACUUCAAACAAUAUCAUCUCUAUAAGAAUGGCGGAUCGAGAAGAGCCCCCGGCCUCGGGCCUUUUUACCCCAGAGCUAGCUGCUCGGGCUGUCGAGAUGCUCAGGUAUCACUUCCAGAUGACCCUGGCGCAACAACACCCAAGCCAAUACGAACGUGAGCAAGCAAUCCUGUUGCUGCAGGAGGGUAUUGAUGAGCUUCGUGCUGGUCUGCCCAAUGGGGAGGAGCCUGCUGCCGAGCCCGCAGCCGAACCCGACGUAGACCCCGCCGCCGCGUUGGCCGCAGCCCAACCAGUAGUUCAGCCGGCAGUCCAACCGGCAGUCCAACCAGCCGCUCAACCGGCCGUACAGCCCCUGCAACCCCCCGCCGGCCCCCUCAAGAAAUAUGAGGCAAUGUGGGGAAACAAGAUCCUCCCCUCAUUGGGGCGCAAUGAGAUGGAGAAGCGGUUCAACACCGCCGACACGCGUUUCUUUAAGAAACGUAGGGACCAACACAAAAAUGCUCGCCAAAACGGCACUACUUAUCUAGAGGCGGCAGCCGAGUUCCUCUGGAGGUGGAAGAAGGAGGGCUACCAGCCCACUGCGGGCGACAAGGAUUACCUUGAAAGCGUGUGCGGAAUUGAACUUACCGCCGCGUACGAUGAAGUAGACAGCGCUGUGCUUGCGAAGUCAGCGGCCGGUCAGUUUUACUACGAGGUAUUCUCCUCGUGGUAUAGAGUAGUGUGA